UGGGCCCGACCCUGCGAGCGGCCGCCGCCGCCCCGCUCGGCGUCUAAAGGGGACGGAAAGUUGUGGCGACGCGUUGAGCCGCGGGGCGCCGGUGAUGCGCCAUUUCCAGGAAAGUUCGGAGGCCGGCGGCGGGGGCGGGACGCGGGCGCAAGGCGGCCAGGGCCCGUGUCGCCCGCGCGCGGAGGGCGGGCGCACCCAAGGCUUGCUCUCAGCAUCAGCGCGUGGGACCUCGGGGAGGGCGAGUCCUCGUGGAGACCGCGGCCCAGCCUCCCGCCGCCGGGCCCCCGCCCGCCCUCCAGGCCCGGGACGGCGCGGGGCGUCCAUCCACUGGGUUGGCGGGCGUCCUCUGGGUCCGCAGGGCCGGGGCGCGCGGACCGAGGGGAGUGGCCUCUCCCGCCCUUCCCGCUCCCCCCGCCGACUGGCUGUCCGUGUCUCCCCGCACCCCUGUCCCUGCAGCGAGCCGAGCUCCGGGAGCGCGUCGGAUCCGCCCAGCCUGGCCGAGCGCAGGAUGCGCGGACCCGGGCGUCCUCUCCUCCUGGGGCUGCUGCUCGUGCUGGGGGCGGCGGGGCCCGGCCGGGGGAUCGCGGAGACCCGGGAGGCCGCGGACAGGCAGACGCUGCUGCAACUCAUCGUGGAGAUCGUCCAGGAGCUCAGGAAGUACCACUCGGGGGAGUCCAAGAGGCUGCAGCUCUCGGGCCGGCAGGACUACACCCUGGGCCGCAGGGAGGUCUCGGACUACGGGGCUUACGCGGAGGAGCAGAGAGUGGAAAUUGUUCCUCGAGAUCUAAGGAUGAAAGACAAGUUUCUGAAACAUCUUACAGGUCCUCUUUAUUUCAGCCCAAAGUGCAGCAAACACUUCCACAGACUUUACCACAACACCCGAGACUGCACCAUCCCCACCUACUAUAAGAGAUGCGCCCGGCUUCUUACUCGGCUGGCUGUCAGUCCGAUGUGCAUGGAGGGAUAAGCGAGCAGAGCGCCGCGGACGAGCAGCGGCCUGGGACCGUGAGAAGUGCCUUGGAGACCAGCAGGGCAGAGCCCACUGCCUUCUGGACACGCCCCAUGAACAGAGAUUUAUUUUUGCAGACAGCCUCUCCCAUAAUUCCUUUACCUUGAGUUUUGUAUGUUGACACCGUCUGUGGGCACAGAGUCAGUAAAUGGGUGUGCCCGACAGUAAUGCUUGCCACCGGUCAUUUUAGACAACAGGAGAGUGCUCCACGUUUGAUGUGUCAUGCUGUGAAGCGGCAGAGAGAUCUCCUUUUCCUGAUUAGGUGACGUCACAAAUAUUUCUUGAGAAGCAUAAGCAGAAUCAGCAGAAUCUAAAACUAUAUUUUCAUAUAGCAUAUGGUAUUAUUUAAUAUUUUAUUACUUUUACAAUUAAAUGCCCAGAGUAUCAUUUGGAAUUGCAUGAAAAAUUUAAAAAAUAUAAAUAAAUAAAAAGAGACAGAAAAGAACUUCAGUUGUGGAGACAUUGGAGUGUAAAUCUGUGUACAUGCUCAGGCUAAUUUCAUUUGUCCUUUGUAUAAUAAAUGUAAAAUAGUAUCUAGAUACUGUGCAAUAUGUAGAUACUGUAAAUAAAACGCAAGUAAUAAAUGAAGUGUUUGUUAUAA